CACACCACAAGGUAUAUACUAACUGCAUACUGUACUUACAUAGCACAGAAAACGAUGGGCUGUGCGUGCAGCUGUUUGGAUGAGCUGGGUGUCCCCACAGAUAUCCCCCUUCCUACGAAUUUAAGUCGGAGUGUCAAAAAAGAACUUUAUGAAGAUUUAGAAGGAUAUGACUGGCCGUUCGAGAAUCUGGUGUUAGAGGGUGGCGGAGCUAAAGGGAACGCAUACCCAGGGGCACUACAGGUACUGGAAGAGCUAGGUAUACUGAAGAAAAUCAAGCGUUUUGGGGGUGCGAGUGCUGGAGCGUGCACUGCGGGGAUGCUGGCACUUGGUUACACCCCUAGAGACAUUGCUGCCUUGUUGGAUUUAGACCAAGAAUUCCUCGUUCAGGAUGCGCACUGCGGCAAAUUAGCCAUGCUCCCCAAUUUGUACUGUAAGUUUGGCUGGAACCCAGGAAAGCGGUAUAUAGAGGUGCUGCGGCUGUAUGUCAGAGAAGCCACUGGGAAGGCUGACUACACGUUUGGAGAUCUGUACAGGGAUCGUGGAAUAGAACUUUGCGUUGUGGUUACAAAUGUUACGAAGAUGGGCAUAGAAUAUCUCCACCCUAAGACCACCCCAGAUAUGCCCAUAGCAGAAGCCAUGCAGAUGUCCUCUAGUAUUCCAGGUUUUUUUCAACCUCCAUCUUAUAAGAAAGGCGAUCACUUGGAAUAUUAUGUGGAUGGUGGAAUGCUAUGUAACUACCCUGUGCAUGUGUUUGAUGGCUGGUACUUGUCGAUGCGUCCUGAGGAUUCAUUCUUUCAACGACUCGGAAGUGAGGAACCUCCAUUCCAUAAAUACAAUGAAAAAACACUGGGCCUGAUUGUCUAUGCAACGGACGAGCAAGAUUUAAUGAAAGUAUCUGUGCACCAGAGUUGUAAGGAUGUGUACUGGAAGCUGCCAGAUACCAAACUGGCAGGGAAACGCGGCCCCCAGUUUAAAGAAUUGCAGGCGGAAAUUAAGAAAAAGGCAGCUGUCAUACAUGCUGCAAAAACAUUUUUCCCGAUGUUGAAAGCGUGUGAUUUGGACAAAGACGGAAAUAUAGAUUUGCACGAGUUCAAAUUAGCAAUGGAUAGGUUGUCUCAAACAAACCCUGACGUUAUCGAGACUUUAUUCGGGAAGGAUAUGGACUGGGAAGAGGCAUUCAAGGAAAUAGACACGGACAGUAGUCUAGAGUUUACUGCAGCCGAAUUUAUGUCAUUCCUGGAGAGAAAAGGAGUAGUCAGCCCGCUAGAAUACAUUUCCGAUGUCUCCCUCGUUCCCAUUAAAACAUUAGGAGAUUUCACAUCAGCCCUCAUCAAUACAUUUACAUUGCAAGCAUACAGGCAAUUUUUAAAGCCACGCGAUCCAGAGAGAACUGUAGGCAUUUAUACAAACUAUAUUCAAGCAUUGGACUUAGAUAUGGCAAAGCAAGACAAGAUAUUCCUGAGAAAGCAAGGAGCGAUUGGCGUGGCUGAGUUUUUACGCAGUUACUUGGAACGCAAGAACAGACAAGAUGAAGUUCUCAUACCUGAGAGCGUCCUGCUUCAAGAAACUGCUAGGCAUGAGGAAAGAUUGGAACAGUUAGAAGCAGAAUUUCUUACCUCCGUAUAAAAGUAAACGACAACCAUUUACUUCAUAUUCGUUAACACGUCCAGAUCUGUGUUCAUUUAAGUGUACAAAAGAGAAAAUAUUCGACACAUGUUGCAGUCUAUAUCACACUUGGUUUUAGGAGACAGUUAUAGAUACACCCAUAUCAUAAGUGUUAGGACGAGAGGAAAAACAGCUAUAAACUCCAUGGAGAGAAAAUUGGUACAAAAACAUGAAGAUGCUACAUUGGUUAUACAUACAUUUCUUUUAAGCAGUUUUGUCAACAGGCAAACUUAAUGCAUUUGUUUCGUAAGACUGCAGGAAUUUGGCCAGUUGUUAUUUAUGAUACCAGUACAGCAUUUUGUGUACAUGCAUUUGUGCUUGCAUGUUUAUGUGCGAGAGUGUGUGAGGAGUGCGUUUGUUUGUCUAUUGGUCUAAUACGGACAUUGGCGAUUGGCGUUUUAUGUUGUGUACAUGUAGAGAGAGCUUUGUUAAGUUUGAUACAUUGCUAAAAUUGUUGUUAAACAUUUACGUUAUCAAUACCAAAAAUGACAAGGAAGGAAUUUAUAAAUUCCAAGCAAGUUUCAAUUAUUUAUUUUAUAUGUUUUUUCGACAGUAUUGAUCACCGGUAGAUAUAGGAUUUAUACUACAAUCUCUUCUCUCAGUAAACAAUUUUUAUCUUAUCUUCUGCUGGUGCUAGCGAUAGUAUUUUUUAUUUAUUAUAGUAGGCUACAGUACUUUUGUAUUUAUUAAUUUUGUCACUUUAUACAAUUAGACUAAUAAAGACAAAAACGUUUUUUGUAUA